UAUACUUAGUCCAUAGGAAGAAGAACAGACACGACCCAAUAGAAGACAGAUCAAGGGACGAUGAACAAGUUGCCUCAUCAACAGAGAUUCAUGGCCCAAAUUGGGAAUUACCACCACAUAUGCACACAUGAAUGUCUGGUUUUGGCACAUAGCAAGUCCCAUAUGUUAAAAUCUUCAUAAAUUCAAAGACAUGGCCACAAACAACUCAUCCAAAUCUCAAGCCAUGGCAUCCAUUUCUCACAAAUUUACAAGCAACCCACAGACCUCCCUCUCUCUUCAGUUCAAGACCAAAGCUCUGCCACUCCCAUCAUCAAGAAUUUUAUGCACUUCAAGUGAAAACAAUGAAACCAAGCAAUCUCUGUCCUCAGCAGGAAAAAUCAAACGUCUUGUUCUUCCCCAAGAGGGCAGAACAAAACUCAACACUUACCCGGACAGAGAUUUCUAUGCUUAUCCACGCUUUGUGACCCAUGUUGAUGAUGGCUUCAUUUCCACAUUAACCAAUCUCUACAGACAAAAGUUGAGGCCUAACUCAGAGAUUCUUGAUCUUAUGAGUUCCUGGGUCAGCCAUUUACCAGAAGAGGUUAAGUACAAAAAAGUGGUUGGGCAUGGGCUCAAUGCACAAGAACUUGCGAAGAACCCAAGGCUGGACUAUUUCUUUGUCAAGGAUCUGAACCAGGAUCAGAAGCUGGAGUUGGAGAGCUCCAGUUUUGAUGCGGUUUUGUGCACAGUCAGUGUGCAGUAUCUUCAACAGCCUGAGAAGGUGUUUGCAGAGGUGUUUAGGGUUCUAAGGCCAGGAGGAGUGUUUAUUGUGAGCUUUAGCAAUCGAUUGUUCUAUGAGAAAGCCAUAGGCGCAUGGAGAGAUGGGAGUGCAUACAGCAGAACACAAUUGGUUGUGCAAUACUUUCAAUCUGUGGAAGGGUUCACGCAAGCUGAAAUAAUUAAGAAAUUACCAGACCCUAAUGGUGGUGGUGGUGGUGGUGCUCCACAAAAUAAAUCACCAUUCAGUUGGGUCAUGGGUUUGCUCGGAUUGCUAUCCGGGUCGGAUCCCUUUUAUGCAGUGAUAGCUUACAAGAAUUUCAAGCCUGUAUAUGAAUGAAUAAUAGCUUACCAGAACUUCAAACUCUUACUCUGUUCCCCAAUGAAGCAUGCAGUAUGCAGACGUUGGACUCUGUUUGUCCUUUCAAUUCUUGUAAUUGUGAGGGUUUCUAUUCCCUGUCUGUCAGGCUAUGAUGUUAGAAAUACAAAAAUGAACACCACCACUGGCAGAGUGCUCUCAAAUCCUUCACCAA